AUGGAUGGGGGAUCCAUCCAACACGGAACUCCACCCUCUGAUGCACCAAGGUUCCAGAUGAGUGAAAUGUCGCCCACUGACACUCAUUCUACGACACUCAGAUCCGCCGAUGCCGAGGGUAAUAUUACUUUUCAGCGCAGCACAAAGUAUAUCACAAGCUGUAGUCUUGCAUUCUUUUCGGAGCAUAACCUGGUUGAUCUAGCAAAACGUCUUGGUCACGAUCGCGUGCGGACCCUUUUGGAUGAGUUUGGGGAUGAAUCAAGGAUUAGGCAGGCCAGUUCCGUCAAUGCCGCUGUUCAGCCAGAAAACUUCGACGUUCAAGUAGUUUUACAGAUGUCCACGCCCGAACUACGAGCAGCUUAUAUACAAACAUUUUUCACCGAGAUACACCCUGUGUUACCAUUCCUCGAUAGACAUGCGUUCGAGCAUGAAGCUCUAGGCACAAAUCUCGAGGUUAAGCUCUGCUCCGACCAGGUAUGGGCAAUGCUCUAUUGUACAAUCCUCAGCUUGGGAAUGAUCUCUCGUGACGGAGGUUCCUUUAAGCCCAUGGAAGGACAAGCCUGGAAGAUAUUCAUACUCGUGCUCAAGUCCUUUGCCAGUCUUCUAUUUGCAAAGAAGUCGCUACUCGUUGCACAAACACUGACCGCAAUGGCCAUCUUCGGCAUGAAUCAAUCCAGCUGGCCGGUGGAGGAGCUUUUGAUCACCGAAGCCGCUCGAAUGGCCAUUGCCCUUCGUUUGAAUAAACAACCGCCCAAUCUCGCUGAUUCGGCGGAGAAAAGGAGAGCAUUCUGGGUUAUUUACUGCAUUGAGAAGGAGUAUAGCUUCCACUCGUCGCAGUCCUCGCUGUUCAAUGAUGGCGACAUCAGCUGUUCCGUGCCCGAUGCUAUCACUUCGCCAGACGGCGAUACGGACUGGCUAGACGUACAAGUGAAGUUCGCCAGAGUCCUUUCUCAUGCAUACGCGAAGCUGUUCUCUGUGAGCUCAAGGAGUCAGAUGCCUACUUACUAUGAAAAUGAAAUACGACAUACUCGUAAGGAACUGGAAAGGUGGAAAGACUCCUUCCCAGACCACCUUCGACCUGAUGUCCCGGUGCGGGCACGCCAUGUCGCAAAGACCCACAUGCUAUACGCAAUCUUGCAGACUCACUUUCUAUAUUACAACCUCCAGAUCGCGAUGUGCAGGCUCCUGAUCCAUGUCGAAGGCGAUCGACGCUGUAAAGCCGUAGCAGAGAGUAAGCUACUAUUGAUGAAAUCUGCCAGAAUGAUCAUGGAAGUAUUGUCCUACAUACCCUUGGAGCCAUCUACACCAAUGAAUAUUUUUGGCUUGACGCCAAUCGUAGCCACGUUUAUCCUCUUUGAUCUUGUGGUCUACAAUCCAGACCACUCAGAAACGCCCAAGAAUAUGCUGUAUCUGGACGUCGCCGCUGGCUAUCUGCAACGGCUUCAGCUUGCCCUUGGCUAUACACAAAAGGGCCACAUGCUAGCGGAGCUGACCAGCAUUGCCCGUGAUUACGUCACAUCGAGGGAGCAAUUGGCUCUGGGAGCCAGCGCAGGCAGUGACGGACAAGCCGAAGGUGUCUUCGUAGCCAUACAGGCGCCCAACUUUGGUGAUUAUGAGGAUAACAACGGCGGUGCGGACGACCGUGAUUUUACUGUUCCCGACCUAAGCAUGGAUGAAAUGUCCAUGGAUUUCCUACAUUAUCCAACCGUUGACUCCUUAGUCGGACUGGAAGGUACCACCGGUGAAGAUCUGGGUAUUAGGUUUUUUGGUCAACCAGUAUUCUUCGAUCCUUCGAAUGGUCCCAGUGACUGGAACUCCUGA